AUGGCGCCUGUAGCCGAACCUAAGAAAGAGAAAGAAACUUCCGACAAGAAAGAGGACACGAAAUCCAAAGAUGGAACCAAGAAAGAAGAAGAGCCCGAGUUGGUAAGCACAUUUCAUUAGCUUUUUACAAACGUCUUUUGGGGUUUCGCUGAAAAAUACGACAAAGCCUUAACUUUUGACAAUGACUCAUCAUGACCAAGUUUUCCUCGCACAGCACAACGUGAAUUUUCUUUUUCAGUUAUAAAAAAAGGUUUCCUUUUUCAUUCUUUCAGAGCGAAGAGGAUAGACAGCUUCAAGAGGAGUUAACAAUGCUGGUCGAAAGGUUGUCGGUAGGUAUUUUACGAAGAUACUUUGUGAGAAGUCCCUUUCGGCAAAUUCCGUACAGUAUGUGGCCCUCGGUCCGCCUUGUCCAGGUUGGUCCACGACUUUUCCGAAAAUGACAAAAUAUUUCGUAGAGAAAAAAAUGCGGAGGAAAAUGAAAGAUCCUGUGAUUUUCUGAUUAGCAAUCCUUUCAUAUGACGAAGUGUCGGCUUUCUUGCUGUGGGCGAAGGCGAGAAAUUAUAGUUUGUUGACAGGUACAGUCGAACCUUUAUUAAGCGGCACCGUAAUAAGCGGUCACCCUCUAUUAAACGGUCAGUUUUCAAAAUCCCGAAACUUACUUCCCUUGAUGUUCUGUAAUCUCGAGCUCUAUUAAGCGGUCACCUUUUUUAAGCGGUUGCAGUCACCAUUUGCAAAGUCCCAAUGUACGGGACUUUUUCUGUUGUCUUGACCUGUAUUAAACAGUCACACGGUGUCAAUUAUAAUUUUGUUCAUACAGUUUUAAAUAAUGUAACAUGCGAGGUACAACAAUUGAUUUCGGUGUUUAUUUUUGCAAGCCGUUAAAACGCCAGAAAUGAAUGUUUCUAUUUGAGGUGAAACGUCUGAUCUGAUCAGCACUGGAGAUCUAAUUCUUUGAACUGUAUUUCUUGCAACCUGUAUUAGGCAGUCACCCUGUAUUAAGCGGUCAUUUAGCUUCUCCCCGAGGGUAACCGCUUAAUACAGGUUCCACUGUAGGUUAAUUUGUCUUUCUUGAAGUUUGGGCUUUUGCAGUACCGUAAAUUACAGUACCGUUCAAAAGUAAGUUGACAGUCCGUUGCGAGUCUCGCUUCUCGACUCGAUUCGCGAUUCUUGAUUGCUGUGUGAAUCGAGAAUCGAGAACAAGCUAUAGAGAAUCGCGUCGAGAAUCAAGUCUCGCAGGACAGAAAUUAAAAGAUUCACCCAUGACUGAUUUGUCGAUAAUUUUUCAAAGACAUUCAGCUGUAACGUAAUGCGGCAUGGCUACAUUCGCGCAAGCAACUGUAUGCUCAAAACAAGGCCAAUUCAAGUUAUAAAGGGAAUGCUUCUUCUAGGACAUCUGUAUCAAGCUUCAUUUCCUCAACUAAAGUUUCAAAUACCUGCUCCAGAUGCAAACAAACAGUGUAUUACGCACGUACAAGCAACAGCAUGUUUAUUUUGGGCUUAUACGGCCGCUUGGCUUGACAAAGAUCAGCUGUAACAUAGACGUCGGCCGCUUGGCUUGAUAAAGAUCAGCUGUAACAUACACGUCCGUCCUUGACAUGACUAGUCUUUUGCUCUGAAAUUGUGUUGGUGAUCCUUGAAAACUUUCGAGAAACAAUGGUUUUAAUUGUACUAGGAAAAAGCGCUUUCUUAGUUUGAGGUAAUUGCUCGUAAAAUUGGGCUGCUUUUUUCCGGGAUGGAACAUGAUACGCAUGAACUUUUUUGUUGCUUAGCACGUGACUGCAGCUACCGUCAGGUGAUGAAAAAUUGCACGAGCGGUUUGUAUUACACGCUACUAAAAAUUGUUUUCAAAGCUCUUUUAUGUAUGCAAUCACGUCUCAUAAAAAGCAAAGGGUGGAAUAUCAAACUAAGAUGCUUUCGCGUAUGCGUAUCGCAAAGACAUCAAUUCCGGUCAAGAGGUCAAAUUUCAAGCAGAAUUAAUUACAAGUAAAGUUUCCAUGAGCAGACAUUCUGAACUGCGGUAAUGCCGAUGGGCAUUUGCAAACAGGCAAUCGAAAAAAAAUCGGCAAGUAGAAUUCGAAAGACAAGCCGAAGAACAAAAGCAACAAGACUUUGUUUACACAUCGCGUAUUAAACAUUUAUUUACACUUUACACAAGCUUCCUUUUAUUUUGUAUUUUAAAGACAAAAAGUCAUGGAUUGCUUUUCAAGUUCAACUGGUGAACUGGCAACUUUUGCUAUUUAAAUAACUGAAAAUGCCGUUCAAACAAUUUAAAGGUUUCAACGCAAAGUAUCACCCGAGCCAUGCAAACGAAUGCAAAUUUCCUGAAGAGUUGUUCCCGAGAGAGUUGUCAACUGCUAUUUGCAUAGUUCAGGAAUUUCUCGCAAGAAUCAAACGCUGAGUAGAGUUUGUUGUUUUAUAGAGUACAAAGAUUUUUCUGACGUGGGAGAAGUUAGAAGAUUAUUCAAAACUUGAACAAAGGUUGUUACUUGUAGAUUCUUGCAACAGUCGAGUAUUGAGAGUAGAGAGUGAAUUACUCGAAACUAAAUAGAGGCGGUUCCAGUUUGAUGAGUCUCGCAGGAAUCGAGAAUCGCAAAUCAAGAAGCAACAAUCGAGAAUCGAGUCUCAAUUCUUGAUUCGAUUCUCUAUUCUCGAUUCUCGCGAGGAUCGAGAAUCGAGUGUCAACUCACUUUUGAAUGGUACUGUACAUGGUCAUGUUUACUUAGCUUGUGAAUAAAAAAAAUGCAACAGAAAGAUGUGCCUUUUGCAGAACAGGUUUUCAGAUCAACCUAUUUCCGCUGUUGAAAGCAUAUUGCUGCAGACUGUGAGAAUCUUUUUUUAUCGACUCUCGAAAAAAAUCACCAAAUGUUGCAUAGUGGUCCUUGGUCCUCGACCUAUGACCUUGGUUGAAUAAAAAAUAAAAAGAGCAGCCCUUGUUUUCGAAAAAUGUUUUGAAAAUCUUCCCUAUACAUGUCUACAAGUUCUCUUUUUUUUAAUACCUCGAAAACAUAUGCAUACAGAAUUUGAAGUAAUUAUUUUUGAACGUGCUGAAAACCACUUGUGUGGGAGACUCAAGGGAGACUGUUGUCUGAAGUCUUUGAAAGAAAAGCAGAUUAUGUUAUACUCACAACAUCUUCAAAAAAAAAACUAUAGCUUUAAUGCACCAAGAAUGGAAAAAGUACAUGAAAUGUUGUGAAAAUCACAUUUUCGUGUGGAAACUAUCUCAUUUUUAUGUUUUUUUUUAUGCUGUUUACCUUGGUCGUGGACCAAGGACAACAUUCGUGGAUUAUCAUUCAGCAGUUCACAAUAAAAGUACCAGUUAAAACAGCCAAAGAAUCAAUAAGUGCUGCUCUUGAUUAAGCAAUGCCUCUUUCUUUAUUAGAGGCAACAGCUUCACAAUCUUCAUGAAUGUGGUUCCUAGAUUACAGUUGUAGAAUGAUCACUGCAAUAUUAUUUGACAGAUAGCAGAAUAGCAUUUCAAAUUUUAUAGCAGGUCAUAGUAAGACAUCGAUAGUCUAGGAGAAACAAACUAGAGCAUUCCCACAUUUCUUAAUUAAAUAAUAUUAUUAUUCAACAGGAAUCCAAUGUAUCAUUACACAAACCAGCACUGGAAGCCCUUAGAUCACAAAUCAGAGCAAGCACAAGCUCAAUGACAUCAGUUCCUAAACCACUGAAAUAUCUCAGACCACAUUUUGCUACGCUGAAAGAGAUUUAUGUCGAGUGCGGUGAUGGUGAAAAUAAGGUACUUUGUAACUGUGAUCUUUAUUUUUUUUAUUUAGGGAAUGGGCAGGAAUGGGACUCAUAUGUCCGAUGCGAGUUGCCAUCCCUACGCUAUCCCACAACCUGUAAAGGUUGGCCACACCACUGGGUUUUGUCCUCUACUAGCGUUGUCACAAAUUUCUUCUUUUGUCUUGUAAGCUCUCAUGCUUAAAGCAAGUAAUUUAUAAUGCACAGUGUGUAACAAUCAGAAUCUUUUUGUUGGCAGCAUUACAGUAUACUGAAAUUAAAAUAUAGUCACUCUAUUUUAAAGUACAACAAGGGCUAAAAGAAAUACAACAGCCAUAUUAACUGCCACAGAAGUUACAUGAACAGGAUAUUUAUACAAAUACAUGUACAUACAUGUUCAGAUUGAUCGAGUGAUCGAUUGAUCUUUGUGUCCUAUGGGAUGUAUGCCAUGAAUUAUUUUGCGUCUUUGGGGAUUUUUAUGUGGCAGGGACACAGGACGUAGAGGUAACAAAAUCACUGGUGCUAUAAAUAUCAGUUGCCAAGGGUAAAUAACGGAAAUUAUUUUAUAUAAAUAAUCUUUGCACAAUGUGGUCACAUGGUACAAAAGACACCUUGCUGGAUGGCGAACAAUGUGGUAUGACCAUGACAAGAAAGGAUCUUAGCUUUUUGAUUGAUAUAAUCUUUUUGUUUUUACAGUUUUUCUUGCCCCUUUGCAUAGUUUACCAUCCGUCAAGGUGUUAUUUUGUACCAUGUGACAGUUCUGUGUAAUGGUCCCAUUAUGUGGUGGUUCAAUUUAUCUUUUUUUAUUAUUCCUUUUUUUUCUUUGUAUUGGGGUAAAGUAAUGUUUGGCGAUGCAUUUCAGUUCAAUAAUGCUGAGUGUAUAGCUACUCCUACAUGUAUGCAGAGAAAAAAAAAACAAGGUAGUUGUUUGUUCUACGUUGUAGCGAUUCUUGGCUGACAUCAUCUCAGUUCUGGGAAUGACGAUUAGUGAAGGUCGUGAAUGUCUGAAAUUCAGGAUGCUUGGGUCCAAAGAAGAACUAGAAUCAUGGGGACAUGAAUAUGUCAGGUCAGGGUUAAAACUACUCUGUAUUAUAAUCCUUCAACCCUCUAAGCCCCCCUAUUCACAACAAAUUCUUAAGACUGAUCUCUUAAACAUUCCUUAAAGAAUUAGUGGAGUGAAUUUGAUAAAAGAUCAAAGUAUUUCCCCUAGGUGAUCAUUUGCUUCUCAUGGGAGUGUGAUGGUUACAGCUGCAUUAACUCUAGUAUAGACUAGAUGCAAGUACCUUGGUACAUAUACACCCUGCUAUCUCUGGUGAUAUAAACUAGAUGUACUUCUGUACAGUACACAUGUAAAAUUUUCCAAUUUUCAAUUGAAGCAUUAGAGAAUAAUAACAAAAAGCAGUCAGCUAGUCAAGACUGCACCAAGAAAAAGGAAAAAAAUUACUGAACUUAUCUAUAGCAAACGCAGUCUUAAAAUUAAUUCUGUUUCUGUCCAAAAUUUAACGAACACUGUUAGUUCCAUGUAUUAACCAGGUAUAAUCCAAGGCAUGUUACAUGUUUCAAUAAAGCAUGUUUUCCCAUUUUGGGCCCAAACUUUGCAUCUUCUCUCAAAGGUGGGCUUUUCCUUGUAAUAUUCCCUUCUGUUUGAUCUAACAUGAGCCUGAGGAGCAUACAUGUAUUAUUAAGUGUACGCCAAGUCAUAAUUCUGUUUUGCUGAGAAAACAGGAGCUUUGGAUAUCCCCAUAUACCCAGGAGAAGGCAGUCUGGUCAGGAAAACUGGUGAAGAGAAAAUUUUUCAGGCACAGCAUGAAGAGCCUAGCCAUGUUUAAAAAAAUUGUUGUACAGUUCCUCUCAAUAUGAUUGACUGCCCCAGGGUUUCUAAGGCUGGGCUUUAGGAAGCUUUGCAAAGGAUUUGAAUAUUAAUAUUGUCACAUCAAAUUUUAACCGUAUAAAUUAAGACUUGAAUUCCCUCUCAAUACCACUGAUAAAUUUCUGAGGGGCUUGUUUUUAAUUUCCCCUUUUUGAACCACAAAAAAUUAGGGGGUCAAGCAUUUGUUUUGGAACUAUCAUUUUAUUUCGUCAAAUCCACAGACACUUGGCCGAGGAGAUACGUGGAGAAUAUAGUGAGAGAAUGGACAAGGGGGAAACAGUAGAAGACCUGGUUAAUCUUGCUAAAGAAAUAAUACCAUACAACAUGCAGCACAAUGCGGAGACUGAGGCAUGUGACUUGCUGAUGGAGAUUGAACGUCUGGAUUUACUUGAACAAUAUGUUGACAAAAGAAGCUUUCAGCGAGUAUGUCUCUAUCUCACAAGGUCAGUUUCUUUUUUAUCUUCUUAAUUCCGGGUUGUAUUGUUGUCACCAGACAUUGAAUUUUCACAAUCUGAAGAACUAAAUUUUAUUAGAUNUUGUACAACCUUUCAUGUUUACAUUACGCACGCGGCCGAUUAACACAUCGAUAAACUUGGGAAGAGUGAAAUAAUUAUUGUAACGUUGCUAUGAAUUAUAGUCCCUUUGCAGUACACUGCUUUUGAUAAUAUUUAUUCCGCUUAAGGAAUUAAUUUAUACGCAGGGACAAAUGUACAACUUGAAAAUUACUAAUAAAAGUGGAAAUAUUUGGUAAUUUUGUGACCGGAAGUGGGCGAAUCCCGAUGUCUGUUUCGAUGCGCGAAUUGUAAACAACGGCUCUAGUUGCAUGUCACCAGGAUUUCAUAUCAAAGUUCCGCAAUACACAGCGACUCGAUAAAUAACAACUGAAACAACUGAACAGCAGGAACCUUAAAUUUAUUUCAUUUUCAAUACGAUUGAAUUUUGACCGGUCAACAUGACCGGCAAGACGAAAGUUUGACCGGUCAAAUCCACAAUCAGUCCGGACAUUGUCCGUUGACCGGCCGUUAUUUCGAGCCCUGCUUCUUAAUUCGGGGUUGUAUUGUUGUCACCAGACAUUGAAUUUUCACAAUCUGAAGAACUAAAUUUUAUUAGAUGCAUAACUUAUGACAUCUCACUUGGCUUAAUACAAAGAAGCAAAUUACAGAAAUGUGGAGCAACAAAAUAAUGUAAAUGACGUUUCAUGCAGACUGUUUUUCUCACUUUUACUUAAGAAAAACAAUCGACACUAACUAUCAGUAACUGCAAAAUACUGAUCAUCAAAUUGGUAACGUGCUGCAACUUUAGGUGCCUCUUUUUUUCACUCAUCUUUGCAAACAAAAUGGUCACAGCUUGGAGCACUGGCUUUUUGCUCUUUGCAGUGGCUCUUUAUUUAUUGAAGGGUUACAGUGAUAGAGUGUAAAUGCUUUACUCCAUCUAAUGUUGAAUUUUCAACCACAAUCUUUUGCUUGAAUUUCCUGAAUUUUUGGUACCUUUGAAGUUUUGUGUGAAAGAUUUUGAAAUUAAUUAUAAUAGUAAUGGUUUCAAGUUAUAUAUACUAGAGGAUUUUACUUUGAGUUGGAAAUUCUUUCAGAGGAAUGGAAUCUGCUCUUGUACGCUACAUGUAUUAUUUUUCUGUUUUUUCAUCUCUAACAUAACCAUUUAUUUCCUCUCUUAGCUGUGUAAGUUAUGUACCAGAACCAGAGGAUAGCACACUUUUGAAGACAGCACUAAAUAUAUUUAGAAAGUUUGAUCAUCAACCAGAGGCCAUGAAGUUAGCUAUCCAACUAAAUGAUGUGGAGCUCAUCAAAGACAUUUUUGUCUCUUGCACAGGAAGGUACAGUACUAUGAUCCAGUCAUCCAUUACAGUGUAUAUUACCGUGGUAUGCCAGAGUUUAAAAUAAUUUUAUAUGAACCAUAAAAAGAAUUUGGUUACUGUACAGACAAUGUUACUCGUUGUUAGUCACCAUACAUGUACACUAAUGCCAUACACUGUAGGUUGUGAAGUACAUUUGUAGAUCAGACAUAAUAUUGAUUGGCCAGUGGAAGCAGUUUUUCCUAAGGGGUGAGUUCCUUUGUAAGGAUCCAGAUCAGAAGUAUGAUGCAAGAUCACUCACAUCAUAGCACAUCAUCAAAGAUACCAACAAAUCCUUUUCCCGAUGGGUUUUAGCACUUCCUUUAAUGAAUGAAGAUCUGAACUAUCUUGGAUCAUAAUUCCCACUCUGGAUUGUCCUAGAGGAUUUCACCCCUGAUACAUGCAUCCUGAUGUAAAGACAGAAGUCAGUUGUAAAGAAUUAAGCUCAUUUGAGUUUUUUUAGACUGAUUUUGAGGUGGCUGGAUUUUGGAUGAAGCACCCUUUCGCUUGCUUUAUUUGAGUUCUCAAAUACACAAUAAUCCUUUAUGAAAUUCAAAGCGUAAGUAUGGCUAAAGUAAACAAAAUGUUUUAGUAAUUCGUUUUGGGUAUCCAAAGCUUCUUCACAGCCAAGGUUUCCUUAUUUCCUCCUCUUCAUGGAUUGUUCAUGAGUUCAUUGUCAACACCAAAAAUGCCUUAAACGUUCAACAUGUGGAUAAGACAAGGGUAACCACAAAGGUUGUUUUCUUCUCUGCUUUUUUUCAGUGAUGACAAAAAAUUAAUACAGAAACAAAUGGCAUUUAUGUUGGCAAGGCAACAAAUCUACCUGGAACUGGAUGAGAGCAUGGAUGAUUAUGAUGACUUGGCAGAAAUAAUGUCCAAUGCACAUCUGAACAACAACUUUCUUAGCCUUGCUAGGGAGGUAAGAUAAUAAUUAUUUUAAUCUUUUGCAUGGGUUCUAAUUUUGAGAAACAGACCAUGACAACUGCAGAGUUAAAAGAUUAAUUUUCUCUUUCCUUUUGAAGCCAGUUUGAUUUGAUUUGAGUCUCAUUUUUUUUAGCAUACGUGGGAUCACUUUGUGCUAUACAAAGGUGAUGUCACACGAGAUGAUUUGCAGCAACACUUUAAAGCGCAAUGAAGCUUUCCAGUGUUGGAACGAUGUUGUAACAUUCAAAACAAUGUCACAACAAUGUUGUAAAUAAUGCCAGGUUUUGCUAAAAAUCGUUGUUUAACAUCACCUUUAAUAAUAGUAUUGCAGUACUUCUGCUGUCCAGGGAUGUUUAUUUUCAAAAUAGCAAGUAUACAAUGAAGAACACAAGCCGAACCAAACAAAAAACUGUGAUAGGCAUGCUGUAUUUCUCAGAAAUUAUCAAUGUUACAAGACUUUCAGUUCUUUCCUUGUCAUAUCCUUUCAUGGGGUUCCAUUUGAAAACCCUACCAUUGGAUGAUUACCAUGAAUAAACUUUUUUCACAUUAACUGAAUGAUCUCUCGCUCAACUGAAAUGGAUGUCAAGAACUGUCAACAAAUGUUCUUGGAAAAAAAAAAACAAGUUAAAAACACUUUUCCAUGGUCUAUAGUCUUAUCCGCCCUAAAAACAACGUGAAAAUGUUCAAAACUUUCAAGUAAAACCACUUGCAUGUGGUUCAUGGUUCACUAUUGACAGUAGUCAGAGUUAUUAUAGGCAGCACUUUCCUUUCAGUCAUUUUAAGACCCUGAGUAUUGCUCCAGAUGAGAAUCAAACUCGCCCAAACUACCUUAAAGUGUGGUACCAGCUGAGCUAACUAUAGCCUUAAGUUAAGUGAAACCCCGUUAAUACGGACACAGGUGGCGGCAUAAAAAGUGUCCUUAUUAACAGGUUGUCCAUAUUAAGCGGCUAAAAUUUAGAGAAAAUGUAAGCGCUUUUCUUUACCAUGGACAAAGCAAACUGUCUGUGACAAUGAGGUGUCCAUAUGAAUGGAUAAUUUUCUGCUAAAUUUAUUAAAGCAUAUUACUCUGAAAAUUGUUACUUUGCUCAACUAAAAUUUGCAUUGAAACUAUCAACCAUGAAAGAGUGAGUCCUGAUGUGUGAAUUUUAUACCUUUUUACAGUUGGAUAUCAUGGAACCCAAAGUACCUGAAGAUAUUUAUAAAACACAUCUUGAAAACAAAGGUAAUUAUCACCUUGUCACUUGAUAGGCAUUUUUAUUACUAUUUCUUAGAAAAGAUUAUGAUUAUUUGUGUAUUAAGUUCCCAUCCAUUUUCAACAUAAACUGUAAAUACUAUAGUACACUUGCAUGAACAUGGUUUUAUUAAUUUUUAAAUUGAGUGCUUAUAUAACUAAAGUUAUUUUGUUGUGUACUCUUGAAAACCAAACUACAUAAACUAUAAUCCGUGACAUUAGAACUUAAUUUAGGUCAAGUGAAGCAAAAAUGUUGCCAUGUUGUGCUCGACCUCCUUUUCCCUGUCGCUUUCAAUGUUGGCCUCGAACUUGGACAAUUCCACCGAAGAAACCAUUACAAAACAACAUUGGAAGAGAAAAAGACAGGUAUCAGAGCAUUAUGACCCAAGUUGAGUGUCCUUGGUUGCAGAAUGAUACUGUAAGUUAGCUUUUAUCAAAAGCUGUAGACUUAGCUUCUGGAGAGAUACAAAAUAAUGUCUAUUUUUUUUAAUGUUCAGGGGUUUCAAGUGGUGUGGCCCUGGACUCUGCUAGACAAAAUUUAGCUUCUUCAUUCGUGAAUUCUUUUGUUAAUGCUGCUUUUGGUACUGACAAGUUAUUGACAGAAGAUGGAAAUAAGUGGAUUUACAAAAACAAAGAGCAUGGUAAGCAAAAGAGACAUUUGAUACAGUGUGGAUAGGAUGGUGAGACCUUCAGGUCAUAGGUUAUAACAUCAACAAAAACAAAAAUCGCCAAGUGCAAAAAGAUAUGUGCAUAUUAUACUAGAUGCUCCUUUUUUUGGCUAGAACGCUGCCACUAUUGCCUUUUUAGUGGCUACAUUCUUUGAUUGUUGUUUUUUUUAAAGGGGGCUUUGUCAUGCUAUUUGUUAUCUUUUUGAAGAGUUAACACGUUUCUGUUCACCAAUUGAAUUCCAAAAACAUUGAGCCCGUGUUUUGUUAUUUAAGACUAUUUUUAGGUAUUGAAACUGUUGUGGUGGAUGGCAAGGAUACACAUGGAUUGAAACUGGAUAAAAUUGGGCCAAUUUGUCCAAGUUUCAAUGCUAUGGCGGCAAAAAUAAUCAAAAAUUAAUCAUGAUUAGUGCUUCUUGAAGAAUUUUUUUGUGUCUUCUUCAUAGCUCUACACGAGUUGAGUGUAAAGGCACUAAAUGUGAUUAAAAAAUUAAUUAAUAAUAUUAAUAAAUUAAUAAAUAAAUAAUGAUUUGGAGGUAGCACAUCCACAAAGUGGUUCUUCGUCUACCUGAUUCGUGGUUGAAUUGGAAUUUGAAAAUGUUGGUUUUUGAGGAGAGGGGAAAACCGGACUACCCGGAGAAAAACCUCUUGGAGCAAAGGGGAGAACCAACAACAAACUCAACCCACAUAUGGCAUCGACGCCCGGAUUUGAACCCGGGCCACUUUGGUGGGAGGCGAGCACUCUCACCACUGCGCCAUCCCUUACCCCCAAACUUGAGCACUGACUUGACUUAAAACAGCGAUAUCCUCUUGACCUGGCCCCUAUAAAUUCUCUGAAUUUGUGCAUUUUAGGCAUGAUGAGUACAACCGCUUCUUUGGGGCUCAUUUUGUUAUGGGAUGUUGAUGCAGGACUCACACAGAUUGACAAAUAUUUAUACUCAACAGAAGACUAUAUUAAGGUAGUGUACAUUAAAAGCAGUAUGUUCACUAAAAAUCAAGGUCUACUUACAAUACAUUUACGGUAUUGAUUUUUGAUUAAAAUUUAUGAGCUGGGUGUUAAACACAAAGUAAUGUAUCAGUGUUUUAAGAUGUUAAAUAAUUAAAAUUUAUUUCACUGCAAAAGACAGGUUUGCUGACUUUUUUCUUUCUUUUUUUUUUUUUUGGUCACAAUCUAAUCAAGCUCAACCUCUACUUGUCUCAUAACUGUUAACAAUAUUUCCUGCAUGGAAAGUGCAUUGUUCUUUCGACUCACAGUAGCUCACUUCGUGUUUUGUGUGAUCUAUAAUAAUCAUAGUUUUGAAAACCAACCACAAAUUGCAUGUGUUGUCCAGAUGCUUGCUUUUAAAACAGUCAAAUUGCUUGCUUCCUGUUUAGCUGUUGCUUUGCUUUAGUUCUUACCUUUUCUUUAGAUGUUCAUGUUAGUUGGACAGCUACUUGAGUUAAAGCAGAUAUUUAACAAUAAUAUUGAAUGAGGCUGUGUAGGAUGUGAAAAAUUAUGCAGAUCGAGGGGAUGUUAUCGGCCGAGGGUGAAUUAGGCCGCGGUGGAUAACACCCUCUGAGAUCUGCAUAAUUCAUUACAUCAUACGAAAGUCUAAUUCAAUAAUCGUUUUAUUAUAUCAUUCCAAAUAUUUUGAAGGUCUUAACAAGCUUAUCUUGUCGUAGACUUUUAUUAUUUUAUUAUUGUGUUUACAUUUUUAAUAUUACUUACCUUAUGUACCCCCCCUGCCCCACCCGAGAUACAAGUGGGUUUUCGUACACUAAGUGUCUAUUCUUGUUAGGCUGGUGCGCUAUUGGCUUGUGGUAUUGUGAACUCUGGAGUGAAGAAUGAAUGCGACCCAGCCCUUGCUUUGCUAUCAGACUAUGUUCUACACAAUAAUAAUAUCAUGAGACUUGGAUCUGUCGUUGGGUGAGUGAAUAUCCUUGGUUUAUAAUCAUCGUACAUGUAUGAUCUGCUUUUAGUAAUUCUUAUUGAUUGCCCGCUACGACUUGAAUUAGCACCUCUACAUGUACCUUGCUUUCAAGAGUCCCAGAUCUGAUUAUUGGGCUGGGUGUGGCAAAGCCCAACCUGAUCCGGAAGAAGUAAAAAACACUUUUUUUUCAGAUUGACCUGGAGAGAGAUGAGUUGAAUUGUUUUUGCUCCAACGAGUCCUUUGUAGUUCAGUAGUAGAGCAUCUGCUCUAGUAACUAGAAGGUCACAGGUUUGACUCCUGUUGGGUGAAAUCAGAUUCAUUUUUGUCUGUGUCACUGACGGAAAAAAAAGUCUCGUUACUUUUGUUUCUUUGUUUGUUUUUUCUAGGCUUGGUCUAGCGUAUGCAGGUUCUAACAGACAAGACGUGUUGUCUCUAAUUCUUCCUGUUCUAGCUGAUCCAAAGUCAAACCUAGAGGUGAGGAUAUUUAGUUUUACAUUCAUAGCUGGUCGGGAUCGUUUAUAAAAUAAUCACACUGUUUUUCAGGUUAUCGGUAUGGCAGCAAUCGCUUGCGGUUUGGUUGCUAUAGGAACAUGUAAUGGUGAUGUGACGUCAACCAUUCUUCAGACAAUGAUGGAACGAUCGGAAGCGGAAGUCAAAGAAACGAAUUCUCGUAACUUGGCACUAGGACUUGGGCUGACCUUCCUAGGUAAGAUGCAUGUUUGAUUGAAGGCAAAGCUGAGAAGUAACAUUUCUUCAACACAUCAACCCAUUCACACCUGAGCUGCCCCUAACCACCCUUGUCGAAUUCCCUUUUCCUGCUUGUGACGUUGUUUGAAAAUCCGUAAAUAACUUUGGCACCCAACUUCUGCUGGGUUGGAGGGGAGGGGGUGGGGAAAGAGUUUUCAAUUUCAAACCGUAUCCCAAUAAGCAUGAUUCAAUCCAACAGACCUAAAAAAGGGCAGGAAAAAAAUUGCAAAGUACUUCCUUUAAAAUAAUUUCAUGAUCAUUGGGUUCUUCGUGAAAACGUUUCGUAUCGAAAUGAAACAAAGUAAAUCCCCAGCAAAGAAAAGGUAAGGAGAAAGAGAAGAAAGAGGCGGGAAGGUGAGAAGGCGCGGUUAAACAUCUAGGAGGCAGUGUCACUUUUACAUCUCGAAACUUGGCCUUCCGCGCAUGUAAUUUAGCAUCAAGAACAGAAGGCAGCGAAGUACUCUACUUGUACUCUACCGCGGCAGGAUAAACUCAGUCAGUAGAGUGCUUGACUGUAGAACGGUUUCGAUUGCCGGGGCCGGACAGAUACUCAAGGUCUUAAGAUUAUUGAGAAAUGAAAGUACAGCCUUUGCCCUGCAAAGUUCGAGACUAUAAAUAACGUUUUCGGACUUUUUUGGUUCAUUUUUGUGCAGAUAGUGACCAGAAAGCCGCUCGAACAGCUUCAAACGCAGCUCUUGCGGCAAAGGAGAAAUUUUAUGGUCACUGAUAGCAUCGCGUUUCUAAAUCCUUUCUGUUUCGAGUUUAGGAUUAACAGUAAUUCGCUAACACGCAGUGUUUGUGACUUUGUCACUACCCUUGACGUUGCAGUUGAAGCUUUUGGUUUGUGUUUUCAGGGAAACAAGAAGCAGCAGAAGCUACUCUAGAGGCUCUGAAAGUCGUACCUGAACCGCUUGGAAAGUGGGCUUCUAUCUUGGUGGAAAUCUGUGCUUACGCUGGUGAGUCUCACCCAUUUAAGUUGUUUUGAAAAAUCGAUAAAUUGUACACAAAUUGUUGAAUUGACUAACUUACUUGUGGAGGAAAGUUUCAUAAUUCAUAACACAGGAGAACGUUUAAACUGUUUUUUUUGUUUUUGUUUGUGUGUUUGUUUUUUUAAAGUUAACGUGGAACGUAUUUUAAGGACCCUCAAAACUGAGCCAUUAUAAUUCACUUUCCAAGUUCAGGGUCAGAUUGUAACUUUGUUUCGGGUGUGUCCUCCUAGCCUGUGUAGCAAGCGUCAGCAAAGAAAGACCGAGGAACGGGAUUUUCGGUUCUGGCCGCGCGAAAAACUCGUUCCUCGUUCCUUGCUCCGAAACCAAACGGAAACGCCAAAUUUGUAAAUCACUGUUGUUUGAAGGUACUGGAAACGUUCUGAAAAUCCAAGAGAUGCUACACAUCUGCAGUGAACACUUUGAACAGAAAGACGAAGAAGAGAAGGAGAAAGAUUCCAAAGAUAAAGACAAAGAUAAAGAUAAGAAGGCUGAGAAGUCAGAUGAUGGCAGUCAUCAGGGUGUGGCAGUGUUAGGUAUCGCUUUAAUGGCCAUGGGUGAGGAGAUUGGUGCUCAGAUGGUGCUCAGAACAUGUAAUCAUUUGGUAUGUAUCCAGGACAAGUCACCCUUUAAAACUUUUCUAUCGUCUUAUUUUGCUUGUCAAAAACAACAACAAUCAUAAAACGUCUCAUACCUCUCUUUUGCGCACCAAUUCAAGCUCUGUUGGAUUGUUGAUAGUAUUCUUUGACCUUAUUAAACUUUAAUAAGGUCAAAGAAUACUAUCAGCAAGGAACGCGGGGCCAUAAAAGCGUAUUUUAAACUUCGUGGGCAGUGGGGUGAAAGGAAGUGCGAUUUUUUCAGUCUUUUGUUUGCUGUUCCCUUUCAGUGUUUCGAUCGUCAUCUGAAAAUUGUCUUUUUAUAGAUUUAAAUCACACAAGUAAACAGCGCGUUCAUGUUAGAGAACUUACGCACCAAGCGCGAGAAUUUUGCUUGAAAAAUGCAAUAAAUUAUUUCAGCAAGGGUCGGGGGCAUAGAACCGUCUUUUAAACUUCGUGGGCAGUGAGGUGAAAGGAGGUGCGAUUUUUUCAGUCUUUUGUUUGCUGUUCCUUUUCAAUAUAUUAAUCGUCAUCUGAAAAUGAGCUUUCUUUUGUUUGAUUUAAAUCACACAAGUAAACAGCGCGUUCAUAUUAGAGAAGUUACGCUCCAAGCGCGAGAAUUUUGCUUGAAGAGAGCAAUAAAUUAUAUCAGUUUAAAAGGGUCGGGGGCACAGAACCGUGUUUUAAGCCUCGCUGGCAGUGAGGUGAAAGGUGUUAUUUUGUUCCUUUAUUGUUUACUUACGCUCUUCAAUGCAUUCAAUGGGAUGUGAUUUUUAUUCAAAGAAGUUAAUUCUUGUUCAAACAAACGACUGUAAAAUAUAACCGUCAUUUACAUGAAGAAUAAAAUUUCCUGGCGCAGAAUUCAAACAGUGCCAACUCGGCAACAGAAUAUAAGCAAGCUGUUAAAACCACUGAUCAGAGCGCCGCGCUCAAACCACCUCCUUCGAUUCAAUCCGUGGUUAAAGUUCCUUAUAAUUGUUACUACGAUGUUUACCAUAAAAAAUGAAGUAUGUUUUCUUAAAAUUUGCAGCCAGUACGCGAAGCGCAAAAUAAACAAUACAGUUUGGGUUUGUUCGUCUCAAAUCUCGUCUGUUCGGCACUUGCCUUACCCCUCACUACUGCGUCGUCCGUUUCGCCAGUCAACUAACAGUCCUACCCACCCCCUAAGGUGAAAUUGCUCCUUACUUCGGCACCACCGAAAAUUCAAAUCUCAUCGGAAAGAAGUAAUCGGUAAUGUUGAAAAUUGCCGUGCGAAAAAGCUAUUGUUUCACGUUGAUCGUUUUUGUCCUUAAAAGGCAAGAAACGAUCAAAAAAAGCAAUACAAAACAAUACCUAUUGUUCUCGAAUUCAGGUCGCUUUUCGUGAUACGAAAAUCGAUUAUCGUAACAGCUACCACUCUAAAAAAACAAGAAUUUCAGCCGAGAAAUACCGCCGUUAUUAUAAGGUGGACUGGCUUGACGAUUUCUUUCUCUCGUCUCCAAUUUCCUCGCCUUUCGUCGCGUUAGCCAGCGUUAUUUAAUGCCUCAUUCAGUUUUUCUUCAAAAGUUGCGUACGUUUUUUAAAACAGUAACGGGUAACGAAUCCUUGUUAUUAGGUCGGUAGCGGCUUGAAAUGUCAUCAUCUGACUAACAAACCUGAGGCCGACGGUGCACUCAUUAUACGGGUAUUUUAAGAUACUUAAAGUUGCGUGGAAAGGAAGAAAGUCGAAGCAAGGAUUUGAGGUGACACUAGGGAAUCGAACUCUUCUCGUAACCUCUCGCAAAGAGAAGGUUUUCUGUUUUGCCUUCAUGGAGGCUUAUUAAGUGACCGCUCUGUAACAGCGUUGAUGUUGUCUUGUUUCAGCUGCAGUACGGUGAACCGGUGAUACGCCGUGCAGUUCCAUUGGCUCUGGCCCUCCUUUCAGCUUCUAAUCCUCAACUAAGUAUUAUCGAUACUCUCAGUAAGCUGUCUCAUGACAACGAUGCUGAAGUGGCACAUAACUCUAUCUUCGCCAUGGGAAUUGUAGGAGCAGGUACGUUUGUUACUGAAGCUUUAUUGCCGGGGAUUGAGGGGAGGAACUCCAGGAAAGUCUCAGUGGGUAUACUCCACAAAAUCUUACCCAAUUGCACACCUGAACCACUGUUUCGAAGAUAAGAGUGAUAGAGCGAUUUUCGUAUGACCCUGAAAUCGCGGGAACAAAACAGAAACAAACGGGCGGAAAUAAAGCGAUUUGAUUGGUUUAUCGAACGGAUACAAACGCGUCUGGAUUUUUGGUUGGUUAAGCGAACGCUCGGGUGAAAAAGCUUCAUGCCCGAAAACUUUCUAGAAAUCAAUCGAUACUUCUCUUUGACGUCAUGCUGCAACACAAAAGGCCAAUCGGACAAUGCCUUCUCCAUAUUAGGGUUUCUUUGGCGGGAAGACGAAGAGGCCAUGUUUUGAUCUUUUUAUCCAUUGGCUGAUCAAACAAAUGACGAACACUCACCGAAACCAUUUUUCAAGGACAUGCGAAAAUCGCUUUAAGAAAAUACCCAGUUCAAGACUCUGGCUCAAAGCGCAAAACCUUACCCCAUUUCAGACCAAAAAAUGGCUAAAAUCUAUACCCCCCAUCUCAGACUAAAUAAAACGUAGGCGACUUUCCCCGCGCUCUAUUCUAGAUUCAUUUUGUGGCGAACGAAUCACUAAUGAUCAAAACCCAAAGAAACCAAAAACAGAAAAUUUUGUAUCUCCAAAGUAAGACUAAAAUGCAAUUUUAAAAAUAGAAUAACCCCAUUCCUACCAAACGGUCUUUACCUCACUGAGUUGUAGUAUCGAGUUUUAACAUGCAUCAAUAUUGUGUCCAAGGUAAAUUUCGAGUUCAUCUUUGUUGAUAGUACUCUUUGAGCUUGACCUUCUCGUUUCAAAAACUAUUAAACUUACAGUAUAAACGUAGUGUGGCUCGUGACAGUGAAUCUCAAGGAGAACGGGCAUAACCGAAGAUAUUAAUUUAGAUUGCGAGCAGUCUCUUAUUUUUCUUUUGAGUCACAGUAGAUCGAGAGCGCGUGUGAGGGGCCGCGAGGAACGAGGGCGGAAGCCCGAGCGAAGAAAAAUUAAUAUCUCCUCCUUUUUUUCUCUUGCCGUACGUGGCUCUGAGGAAAGAAAGACGACCGCUUGCGGUCUAAUGUUAAUUGUGUACAGCUAUAAAAUCUGAGAUGUACAGUACACUUGCGUCCAGAGUUCAGAUGAUCUUUGUGUUACUUGGGAAUACAUAUUUUCGCAGACAAAUGAUGCGGGUUGUUCUGUGAAUUUGUUGUGCACAGGUACCAAUAAUGCCAGACUUGGUGGAAUGUUACGGCAGCUGGCCAUGUACUACCACAAGGAUGCUAACAAUCUGUUCAUGGUGCGACUUGCACAGGUCAGAAGGGGUUAAUUUUUAAUAGACUUUUCACAGUCCCUUAUUUUUCCGUAAGAUCGUCGAGAUCGAAAACUUUGCGUCCUGGGGGACCAUCUUGGAUGAGUGUCAAUUCUACUGAUGAAACCAAGAUGGCCGCCCGUACCGAUAAGCGCUUGAUCCUGACGAUCUGACGAAACAAAAGGGGACUGUGGACAGCGUAAUUAAAAAACUUAGAUAAACACAGUUGAGUGUGUUGGUGCUGCAUCGGUUGGGCGUUUAAACCCUGAAGUUGAAAUUUGCAUACACCGCAGUAAUUGUCCGUCCUUACACAAUCAAAAACAUCCGCAUCUACGUACUAUUUCAGCGCGCUCCUAACAGUGGCAAUGCUCCGGGAUGAAGUCCCGAGAAGCAACCACGACGGCGACGGCGACGGCAUCGAAAGUGUAUUCCCGUUAUUUCACGCUUCAUUCCCGGCGAUUGUUCCAACUCGCGGCACAAUUUGUCAAAUGCUGGUGGAUGUUCCUAAAGCUGUGUUUAAGUCCUCUACUAAACGUCACGCAAGAGAAUUUGACAUUUUAGUCGUCCUGUGACGGCCAAGAAAUCAUGGUUCCAUAAAGUGUGAUGCACGUGCAGAACUGUUGUUUUUCCUAUAAAACCUGUUGCUUUUUCAAGUUCCCGUUGCCGUCGCUGUAAUGUUUGCUUUCACUUCUCUAUCACAACUCUUCCAAUAUCAGCAACUACAUAAAUGGGAAUUUGAGAAAUAUGACCAACUUUGCUACACGACAACUUCGGUCAGUGCCUUUACAUGGUGGCUGUGGGAAAAGAUUUCCGUACCAACAAUUUCUUUUUGCUGUUUAUCGUCAGGGUUUAGUUCAUCUUGGUAAAGGAACCCUUACACUUGGUCCUUAUCACUGUGACCGUUCACUGAUGAUGCCAGUAGCUGUAGGUGGCCUCUUGUCUGUUCUCGUGUCAUUCUUGGAUGUCAAAAAUGGUAAGUUACUCGUCUCGUUCCUAAUAGGCCCUUUCUAGAGCUUGGUCACGUGCUUGGAUACCGCAAAGCAACGGCUCGCUCGAUGGCAAGCCAUCCAGGCGUUCAGUCCGAUCACAAAGCUUUUUGUGCGAUCGAGCAACGCAUUCCUAGUUUUUACAAUUAUUGUGUUGAAAAUUAACCAAAAUUACUGGACCAGAAGAGUUUAAAGACGUCAUUGAAUUAACCUUGGAAGGUUUUGCCCGAUCACGCUCAAAGUUUUGUAAUCUGAAUGAACGCUUGUGUUAUCCAACUACAUGACCAGGUUCUGCAAAGGGCUAAUUAAGGUGGUACUCUAUGGGUAACCGUUUGGUGCGCUUCUAACCAUUCUCGGAGUCAAUUCGAACAGAAAGAAUAUUGAGAUUUCACUUUUCAUUGCUGAUGUCUGUAACUUCUUAACGAUACAAUCUAAGUUGCUCUUGCACACUUGUGUUUUUCUUACUUCCGAUCAUCGAAUUAAAAGUCUUCAGGAGACCAUAAUUAUUAUCAUAAAGUUCCAGUAAAACGGGGGUACCUCAUGACUGGCAGUGCGCAAAAGAAACUUUUUAACACAUCACGAGAAUCUCAGGCCACUGAAAUGGAGCGAUAAUUUGAAGUUUCGUCAACUUUUCAUACUCCAGCUGGUCACUUGAUUAAUAAAAUACGUAUCAUUGCUUCUUUAAUUAUCCAAGAAUUGUGCUUACCAGAAAGAGUAAUUUCAAUCACUUUCUAACCUAAGUAACCUAAGUUCUUCUUUCCACGCCCAGCUGGGCUUAACUUGAGAGCCACACCGAGCGUUUGCGAGACGUGUAUCUCCAGUCUAACCUGAACUAUUCUGACUGUAUGUUUUUGCUGUCUUCAGUUAUCCUCGGCAAAUCGCAUUAUGUCCUGUUUAACUUGGUGUCAGCCAUGCAGCCCAGAAUGUUGGUCACAUUUGACACGGACCUGCGACCUUUACCAGUUUCUGUUAGGGUUGGACAGGUAAGUGGUAGGCCUGUGGUGAAAGACGCCUAAAACAGACCGGGGGCGAGGGGGGAGGGGGGUGGGGUCCACUUUUCAAGAUGCGGGGCCAGGACACUAAGAUAGCCCACGAGCAAGUUCACUUUCCCUGGCGCGCUGACGUACAAGCGAGUCUGCUCGCAGCCUGGGUACCAGGAUGACUGGUGUUAUCUGAAACGUUGAGGCUCCCGACGUUAGAACGAAACCAGUGUUUGUCUCGACAAAAAAGGCUCUUUGGUUACGGCGAAUAUGCUUUUGUUGUUUUGCUCGGAUAACACAGAACGACGCAAACAAAGAAGAAAAUUAAGCAGUUAUGCUCGAUGGAUGAGCGCGAUUAUCCUAUCGUUAGCCAUUAAUUUAACAAAUAACAGCGUGUCCACGCGGUCACAAUUUUGGGCGCCCCAUGUGAUGCUCCCAGAUUUUUUCGGUUUCGCUUAACUUCUUUGGCAAAGGUGAAUGGAAAGUAUGUUUUUCUUCCCUUAUUCCCUGUCACAUGCGAGUCUGUGUUGCAGCUCAUGACAAUGGCCUUUACCACGCUCAUAACAAAUUGCGCGUUUGACACUCUUUCACCCCCACACCCAACCCCAAGAUCGCAGGCUAGGUAGCUCUCUCCCAACGAAAGGAACUGUGCUGCAAAAGUUAGGCAAAUUGAGCCUGGUGUUACCUGGUCGCCCAUUUGGGUGAAACAUGAAAAUAGUUGGGAGGAAUAUUUUGAUGUAACAAAGCAAGGGCAAAAUAAGGCAUGGAUAGGCCAGGAUAUGAUUGCAAAUAAAUUUCAGCCUAAGAGUUUCUCAAAGUUCAUGUCUCUUGAUUGUAAUUUUAGUUAAAUCGUUCUGGGUACAAAUUUGUUCUUCACAAAGCUAUGAUUUUUUUUUAUUUACAAGUAAAAUGUUCGUGAACGUUAAGCUCUUUUCCGAGUAAAGGCGAGAAAACAACAACAACAACAACAACAACAACAACAAGGGUUGCUUCUGCGUAACGGAACGUUUUAUUCCCGUUACUGGUUUUGAACCUCAUGACAAGGCGAUCGUGUUUGGUAGAAUUUGCGAUCGUUUUUCGUAGAAUUUGCUAGCCUGAGAAAACAACUUACAUUUCGCGAAGCCGCCACUGCUUUCACCGCGAAACGACGUCUGAGGAAUGAGCGCAAAAAUUUAUGCUGGUUGAAGCAUUCCAUUCCAUGAUUGGUUGAUGUAAAUUCCUCAUUUGCUUUCAUUGCCAAAUUGCUGUUUUUUUCCCAGACAUCAUUUUUGGGGGAAAUCAGUGCUGGCGUCGCGAAAUGUCGGCUGUUUUCUCAGGCUAAGCGGAGGAUGGACGCUUUUGUGCUUGUACACCAGCUUGCCCGACGUGAAGUCAGUUAAAAACACGCAAUAGCAAUUAGUUGGACGCUUUGUUCUAUUUACAUACAUUGACACUUGACAGAAGAUUUUAUUUGACAUCCGUUGGUGCCAUUUCAUUGUAGGCAGUCGAUGUUGUUGGUCAAGCAGGAAAGCCAAAGACAAUAACAGGAUUUCAGACUCACACUACGCCAGUACUGCUGGCGUACGGAGAAAGAGCUGAGCUUGCAACUGAAGAAUGUAUCCUUUAUAUAUACAAUUUGCACUUUAUUUUUCAUCCCUUGAGGUUACUGAGUUUUCAUUGAUCUUAAUGUUAACAUUGUUGGAUUUUUUGUUGUAGAAGCAGUUCAAGUUGUCCCUUUGAACCACUACAUCUGGUCCCUAAUUUUAUUCUUAGUCUUAAAUCCUCCAUCAUUUAAAAUCUUAUUCUUCACGUAUUGAUUCCUUUCUUUCAGAGAAUCGCUAUUUAAGUUAGCGCUUCGAUAUUGAGUACAGUGAAACAGUGAACGCGAUAACACGUUUGUAAUUUGUUUUUUUUUUUAAUAAGGCUGUUAUUCUUCCUUAACCUUCAUUAAUAGAUAUUUCCCUCGCACCAAUUAUGGAAGGUUUCGUCAUCUUAAAAAAGAACCCUGAAUACGAGAAAUCAGAGUCUUGAGGUUGUGAAGAACAUCAAGUCUGUAAAUACGUUGCGCACCUCUCUCGAUACUAACCACCGUACCGUCUUUGUUGGACUGGAUCGCCUUGUUUCGGAGUAGUUAAAAACUAAAACUUUUUUAGUUCUCAUGCAGGCAGAUUUGAAACCGAGUGUUACCGAGACAAGACCUAAUAAUUUAGCAAAUAAAAUUCUUUACAAU